AUGAUGGAAGAUGUACACCGCAAAAUCUGGCAACCCCUCCACCCCGCUAUUCGUGACCGUCUAGAUCCCCAAUACGUCGCCUACCAUGAGGCACAUCUACAGUAUAUCGAACCAGAUGAGAUCAAGGAUUGGGAUGGUUCAACAAGAACAAAGAAGGUCUCUCUGCCGCCGGGAGGAACCAAGCCUAUUCCCGUUGGAAGUAUCAACGACUAUGAUGUUGGCCGGUUCAGGGUGAGGAUUUACACUCCUACAGGCCAGUGUGAUGAGCGAGGCUGGCCUGUUCUCGUUUGGUUCCACGGCGGUGGAUGGGCAGUGGGAGGCUUGAACAAUGGUACAGAUCUUUGCUGCUGGGCCUGUGAGAGAGCACGCUGUUUAGUUGUCAGUGUCGACUACGGUCUCGCCCCUGAAAAUCCAUUCCCAGCUGCGGUCGAGGAUUCGAUUGAUGCUGUGAGAUGGGUUGCAUCUUCUCCAGCCGAAUUACAGAAAAUAGACACUUCGCGUAUUUCUAUUAGCGGAACUUCAUCUGGUGCCAAUCUAGCCGUUGUCGCUGCUCUAUCUGCAUCAAGCCCAGAGGUCGCAUUACCGACCGCGCGACCUUCACUCCAAAACGCCAUGGCCCACCCUCCAGUAUCACUACUUCUGUUUAUACCAGUAGUCGACAAUACUGCUACUGUCGACGGAGUCUGGAAGCCCAAUGCAGAGACUGCCCCUUGGCUUACACCUUCUCGAAUGGAAUGGUAUCGUAAGCUCUACUUUACCCAAGACGACCAUCGUUCAAGAUGGGACGCAAGUCCUAAUCUAGCCCCGGAUAUUCUUCUCAAGAAACUCCCAAAGACGUGGAUGGCAAUUGCAGAAAUGGAUAUUCUUGCUCCCGAGGCGUCGAAAUUCAGUCAGCAAUUGCAAGGGUUGGGAGUUGAUGUCGAGACCUUGAUCGUGCAGGGUGGAACGCACUCGAUUCUUUCUCUUCACGGCGUCAUAGACCGAGGAUACAAGAUGAUAGAAGACGCAAUCAGGCAUUUGCAAAACACAUUUGGCACUGGUUAA